UCGCGUCGCUCCCAGAAUGUCGCAGACGGCCAUGUCCGAGACCUACGAUUUCCUGUUUAAGUUUUUGGUCAUUGGAAAUGCUGGAACCGGCAAAUCCUGUUUGCUUCAUCAAUUUAUCGAGAAGAAGUUCAAAGAUGACUCAAAUCAUACGAUAGGAGUGGAGUUUGGUUCGAAGAUAAUAAAUGUAGGAGGUAAAUAUGUAAAAUUACAAAUAUGGGAUACAGCUGGACAAGAACGAUUCAGGUCUGUAACACGAAGUUAUUACAGAGGUGCUGCAGGUGCCUUACUCGUUUAUGACAUCACCAGUCGAGAAACCUACAAUGCGCUUACUAACUGGCUGACAGAUGCAAGAAUGUUAGCGAGUCAGAAUAUCGUAAUAAUACUGUGUGGGAACAAAAAGGAUCUUGAUGGAGAUCGGGAAGUUACUUUCUUAGAAGCAUCUAGAUUUGCCCAAGAAAAUGAGAUGAUGUUCUUGGAAACAAGUGCAUUGACAGGGGAGAACGUUGAAGAGGCCUUUGUACAGUGUGCAAGAAAAAUACUUAAUAAAAUUGAGUCAGGUGAACUAGAUCCCGAAAGGAUGGGCUCAGGUAUUCAGUACGGGGAUGCUGCCUUGAGACAGCUGAGAUCUCCAAGAAGAGCACAAGCACAAAGUGUUCAAGAAUGUGGCUGUUAGACUGACAGAGUAAACUAUGAA